GGAACCAGGACCCAUAAAGCUACAACACACAGCUGCACCAACCACAACACAGCUGCACCAACCACAACACAGCUGCACCAACCACAACACAGCUGGACUCAACACGACACAGCUGGACUCACCACAACACAGCUGGACUCAACACGACACAGCUGGGCUCACCACAACAUAGCUGGACUCAAGACGACACAGCUGGGCUCACCACAACAUAGCUGGACUCAACACGACACAGCUGGAAUCACCACAGCAUUCCUGGAUUUCCUCCCAUAGUGUCCAUCAUGAGCAAGCAUCUACUGUUUAUAUCUCUCUCAGUGUGGUGUGUGGCAGUGUUGCUGAGUGUCGGCGCAGUCUUUUCUGCAGACCCGUGUGUGCCUGACUGCAGCAGCAGUGCUCAAGGAGAUAAGGUAGAAGAUCCUUUAAACUGCACUAAUUAUUAUAUUUGUCUGGAUGUCGACCUGCCCACUGACUAUCCUGUGCCCUGUGAUGCAGGUACAAGUUUUCUUGCUGCAGAUGGAGACUGCACCGGUAGCACUCCGUGUCUCCCUACUUGCGAGCCAGAAAACUGCCAUUCAACAUGCGAUUCAACCGCCGUGGACAUAAUAUCUGACGCAAAGAACUGCAGUAUCUAUUAUUUAUGCGCGAAUGGCAACAUCAUAAUGCAAAUGAACUGCCCCACGAACUAUCCUUACUUUGACGCUGCUACAGAGGCCUGUGUCAGUCAAAAAUCUGUGUGCUGCAGCGACGUGUGUGUUCCGUACUGCCACGCCGAUGAACUGCAGACCGUAGACCCCACCGACUGCACCAAGUACUAUAUAUGUAAAGCGGAGGGACCGGUCGAUCCUACAUUGCAUCAUUCCUGUGACUCAGGGUCUAAUUUUGACGUGAGUGUGGGUUUGUGUGUGGCCGGCGCCCCGUGUAUCACACUAUGUUCAGGCAGCACGACACCCGGGGAAGGCACAACACCCACACCUGGUGGUAACUGUACAACUUCAAUGACAUGCUCCUCCCUCGGCUACUUCGCUAAGUGCUCCUACUGUCAGCAGCAGUACUACCACUGUGUACAAGCAGGUGAAGAAGCGCUAGUAGAGAGCUGUACAGGAUCCUUGGUCUUCAAUCCUGGCACCGACUACCCUUACUGUGUCUCUCCCUCUGACUGUCCCCACAAGUCACUGUUCUGACCCGCCACCCACUGAUAUGAACCUACCUUCCCACUGUCUUGAAUGUAUCACCCUUACUUUCCACCCAUCAACACCAGAUGUCAAAAUUGCAAGUCUUGUAUUCAGAAUAUAUUAAUGAUUGUACUAUGAUUAUAUUGAAAUUCACCAUGUGCGUACACACACACACACACACACACACACACACACACACACACACACACACACACACACACACACACACACACACACACACACACACAAAAGACGUAUGAUAAAGCUCACGGAGCAGGGAGAGAAUGAACUAGUGAAGAGGCGGGGCCAAGAGCUAUGAAUUAACCCCUGGAACCACAAUUAGGUAAGUACACACACACAAACACAGUAUAAAUAUAUAAAUAAUAAAUCGAUACAUUUCAUCAUAAAUAUUAAUAUAUAAUGAAUAUUAUUUGACAUCAAUAAAAACUGCAAAGCAA